GUUGUGAAAUAUAGCUAUAAAUCUCCAGAUGUGUAAAGAGAUGUUCUUUAUGUAUUGAGAACAUACUCCUACUUAUGCUCAAUACACUAUUUGAAAAGCCUCUUGGAUCAGCUGUAAAAUGCAUCGUCACAAAGUUAAAUAACAAGCCUCAAUAUAUCUUCCUCCACUUCCUCUUGGCAAACUGCCACUGACAGGUUAAACCACACUGUAAGAGAAGAGUUUAUAUUUCCCGGAAAUGAAAGCUGUUGUUUGUCUGAGCGACAGCAGAGCAGCAGCCGAGACACGUCUCUGUUUCUCUGAAGAAACACUCAACUGAAUCCAGCAGCUUUUUCUCAACAACACAGCAGGACUCUGCAAACACUGGAGCUGAUAUCAGGUGAGGGCAGAGAGUGGAAAAAUAGACAGAGGCUGCAGCAUGUGAAACAGAAAGGCACACUCCAUUUCACACUUCGUCAAAGCAGGAGGAAAAAACAGGUGUUACCAGUGUACCUCUCUGACUUGAGAAGAUGAGUGAUUUCAAAGAAGAGGAGGACGACUCCAUCUCCAGUAAUGAGCCCAGACCUCCAGACACAAGACGGAGGGCACAGUCUUCAGGCUCCAGCUGUCUGUCUCUGAAGAGUGACCGGUCUAAAGAAUGGCCUCUAACCUUCAGCAAUGAGCCUGGACCCUCAGACACAAAACGGAGGGCACAGUCUUCAGGCUCCAGCUGUCUGUCUCUGAAGAGUGACCGGUCUAAAGAAUGGCCUCUAACCUUCAGCAAUGAGCCUGGACCCUCAGACACAAAAGUUCAGAGGAAACGUCAUGCUUCAUUGAAGGAGCAGCUGUCCAUCUGUGCUUUGUGUCAGGACGUCCUGAAGGAUCCAGUCUCUGCCAGCUGUGGACACUGGUUCUGCAGACAGUGCAUCACCUCAGGCUGGGACCAGUCUGCUUCAUCAGGAAACUCCUGUUCCCUGUGUGGAAAAAGAUCCAGAACCGUACAAACAGAUAGGGAUCUUCAGGAUGUUUUCCAUGAACAUAAGACCUGUCUGAGGAGGAGAUGUGAACGUGUGACUGAAGGAACUGAUCAAAGUAAAACCCUCCUCAACAGCAUCUUCACUGAGCUCUACAUCACACAAGGACAGAGUGAAGAGAUUAAUACCCAACAUGAGGUGAAGCAGCUGGAGAGAGACUCAAAGAAAAAGCCCUUCUAUGACACCCGAAUUAAGUGCCAUGACAUCUUUAAGGCCUUACCCGAUCAACAGAAACACAUUAGAGUGGUUAUGACGAACGGCAUCGCUGGUGUUGGAAAAACCUUCUCAGUGCAGAAGUUCACUCUGGACUGGGCCGAGGGUUUGGAAAGCAAAGAUGUCAGUCUGGUGAUCCCGCUCUCCUUCAGGGAGCUGAACCUGAUCAAAUGUGAGCAGUACAGUCUUCUCAGGGUGCUCCAUGUUUUCCAUCCAACCUUACAGAAGGUCACAGCAGAGCAGCUGGCUGUCUGUAAAGUGCUGUUCAUCUUUGACGGCCUGGAUGAAAGCAGACUUUCUCUGGAUUUCAGAAACAGUAAGGUUGUGUCUGAUGUCUCACAGCAGUCCUCAGUCAACGUGCUGCUGACAAACCUCAUCAGGGGGAAGCUGCUUCCCUCAGCUCUAGUCUGGAUAACUUCCAGGCCUGCAGCAUCCAAUCAGAUUCCUCCUGAGUGUGUGGACAGGGUAACAGAAGUAAGAGGCUUCACUGAUACCCAAACAGAGGAGUACUUCAGGAGGAGAUCGAGUGAUGAAGACCUGUCCAGCAGAAUUAUCUCUCACAUCAAGAGCUCCAGGAGCCUCCACAUCAUGUGUCUGAUCCCAGUCUUCUGCUGGAUCACUGCUGCAGUUCUGGACCACAUGUUGGCUACAGACCAGAGAGGAGAGCUGCCCAAGACCCUCACCGAAAUGUAUGCACACUUCCUUCUGGUCCAGACAAAGAGGAAGAAGCAGAAGUAUGAAGCGGGACAUGAGACGAGUCCACAGCAGCUGGCGGAGGCUGACAGGGAGCUUCUUCUGAAGCUGGGGAGGCUGGCGUUUGAACAUCUGGAGAAAGGAGACAUCAUGUUCUACCAAGAAGACCUUCAGCGCUGUGGUCUUGGUGUCACCGAGGCCUUGGUGCACUCAGGAGUUUGUACAGAGAUCUUCAAAAGAGAGAGUUUGAUCUUCCAGAAAACAGUCUACUGCUUUGUUCAUCUGAGCAUUCAGGAGUUUCUGGCUGCAGUCUACAUGUUCCACUGCUACACCAACAGAGACACAGCGGUACUGAAGGACUUCCUGCAGGGAGACUGGCCCUAUGAGAGCAUUGAUAGUAUUGAUCAGGAUUACCCAUCCCUGGAUGUCUUCCUGGAAGGAGCCAUGAAGAAAUCACUCGAAAGUAAAAAUGGCCACCUGGACCUGUUUGGACGCUUUCUCCACGGCCUCUCUCUGGAGUCCAACCAGAGGCUGUUAGGAUGCCUGCUGGGUCGCACAGACAACAGUCCAGAAACCAUCCAGAGAGCCAUCAGCAACCUGAAGAAGAUGAGCAGUCAUAAAAUCUCUCCCGACAGGAGCAUCAACAUCUUCCACUGUCUGACAGAGAUGAAGGACCACUCAGUACAUCAGGAGAUCACAGAGUUCCUGAAGUCAGAGAACAGAUCAGAGGAGGAGCUCUCUGAUAUCCACUGCUCUGCUCUGGCCGACAUGCUGCAGAUGUCAGAGGAGGUUCUGGAUGAGUUGGACCUGAAUAAAUACAGAACAUCAUUGGAGGGACGACUGAGACUGUUUCCAGCUGUGAGGAACUGCAGAAAGGCUGUUUUUUCUGGCUGUGUCGUCUCAGAGACUCACUGUGAAGUUGUGGCUUCAGCUCUGGAGUCUAACCCCUCCCAUCUGAGAGAGCUGGACAUGAGUUACAACACUGUGAAGGACUCAGGAGUGGGACAGCUGUGUUCUGGACUAAAGAGUUCAAACUGUAGACUGGAGACGCUGAGACUGAGUCUCUGCAGGUUGUCAGAGAUCAGCUGUGCUACUCUGGCCUCCGCUCUGAGGUCCAACCCCUCCCAUCUGAGAGAUCUGAACCUGAGUUACAACAAGCUGCAGGAUUCAGGAGUGAAGCAGCUGAGUGAUCUUCUGGAGAGUCCAGACUGCAGACUGGAGACUCUCAGACUGAGGGACUGCAGUUUGUCAGAGAUCAGCUGUGCUUCUCUGGCCUCAGCUUUGAAGUUCAAACACUCCAAUCUGAGAACGCUGGACCUGAAAGACAACGCUCUGCAGGAUUCAGGAGUGAAGCAGCUGAGUGAUCUUCUGGAGAGUCCAGACUGCAGACUGGAGACUCUCAAACUGAGGGACUGCAGGUUGUCAGAGAUCAGCUGUACUUCUCUGGCCUCAGCUCUGAAGUCCAAACACUCCCAUCUGAGAAAGCUGGACCUGAAAGACAAUAAGCUGCAGGAUUCAGGAGUGAAGCAGUUGUGUGUCCUUCUGGAGAGUCCAGACUGCAGACUGGAGACUCUCAGACUGAGUGGCUGCAGGUUGUCAGAGAUCAGCUGUGCUUCUCUGGCCUCAGCUCUGAAGUCCAACCCCUCCCCUCUUAAAGAUCUGAACCUGAGUCGGAACAAUCUGCAAGAUUCAGGAGUGAAGCAGCUGAGUGAUCUUCUGGAGAGUCCACAAUGCAGACUGGAGACUCUCAGACUGAGUCUCUGCGGGUUGUCAGAGAUCAGCUGUGCUUCUCUGGCCUCAGCUUUGAAGUCCAAACACUCCCAUCUGAGAAAGCUGGACCUGAAAUACAAUAAGCUGCAGGAUUCAGGAGUGAAGCUGCUGAGUGAUCUUCUGGAGAGUCCAGACUGUAGACUGGAGACUCUCAGGAUCAAUGACAAGUGGAUCACAGCUGAGAAACAGAAGAUCUGACCGAGAUUGGAAAAUUGCCCGACUACUGUACAACCUCCCUCAGUUCUCCCACACUGCUCCCUUCAGUUGCUAAUGCCCACAUUGGUUUCAAGAGACUGGUACUGGCCUAUCAUGACAGGAGACAAAUCUACACAUUUUCCAUUACUGACUUCAUACCCACCUGUGUUGCUUGUACCUUGACCCAACACACUGAAUAAAGGAAUUAUAGCACUUUAAGAGCCCAUUUAGAACAAUACUAGCUAAAUGAAAUUGAAUGUAGUUUAAUGCACAACAAGUUUGAAUGUAUGUGAAGGUUUUUCAGUUAUUUUAGUUACAUAAGUAUAAUCUAUUCCAGUUGUCUUACAGGAGGCUAAACAUAGUAUUCCUGAGAGAUAGAGGUCACACUGUGUCCCUGAGGCAAACUGUAUUCAAUUAUAUUCAUUCAUUGAUUGAUACAUUUUUUUUUAUUUCGAACAAGUAAAAUAAAUAAUUACAAAACAAAACAAAUGUUGCAGUGCAUAGUCAUGUAAGAGAAAUCAAAACAAAAUUACAUUUACAACAACAACAGCAUUAGCAACAUAAACAGUCCCACAUCUAGUGUUCGAACAGGAGUGAGAAGAAGUAUAACUUAUUUAAUCGCAUCCCCUUGUACCUAAAUGAUUUAUUGAUAAUCUAUAAUCUGCAAUAAUGAUCAUUAUUAUUAAUUAUUAUUGUGCUGUAAACUCAUGUUUUGUGCUGGUUGUAUGAGGGUUCAAUUAAUGGGGUUCAGUUUAUGUGAGUGUGACUUUAAAUCUGGGUGGAGAUUCGCAGGGUUUAUUGAUAUGGUAUAAAUAGAGAGGAUAAAUAAAUGAACGUCAUUGAGAUUGAGGAAUCAGGAGAGGCCACUAGGAAGUUAAGUUGUAUUGGAUAUGUGUGAUCCUAAUUGUUGUAUUGUUAUUGUCCUUUUUCUUCUAAGGUUAACAACCUAUUUGGAUUUGAUUAAAUUAUCAAAACUA